AUGGUCUCCGUGGUGGCGCUAGGUGUGGUGUGUGGUUUCGGGGUGGUGGCCGCCCUCUUCGUGGGUGUGCUGGCCGUGUACCUCCUGUGUCGACGCCGGAGCGCCAGUGCCGGAAAUCUGCCGGUCGACCGGAGCUCCUACGAGGCGGUCGGCGACUACAAGCCGCCAUCUUUGUUGUCUGUUUCCUCGUCCCAGGAUUUACAAAUCUCGCGAGAAUCUCGCACCGUGCAGCCCAAGACGUCGUCCAUGUCAACUACGUCACGUUCGAGCAUGCGCAGUGAGCAGUUCACCGAUGACACCAGCAGUAUAAGUGCCAAAAGCGACGCCAGUGUUGACAGUUUGAUCUUUGACCCCAACUUUGAACCCAGGUCACGCCUCCAGCAGAACAUGCUGGAACCUUCAACCCAAGCAGCUGAUUAG